AUCAGCAACAACUGCAGCAUCAGCAACAACUGCAGCAGCAGCAACAACUGAAUCUCCAACUACCAAAGCAACAACAAGCAAUAACAACAAUGAUGGCAGCAGCAGCAGUUUUUUAGCUGCAGCUGCCGCAGAGCAGCGCCAGCAACAGACGUCAGGCGACAGCAGCAGUAACAGUGACUGCAGCAAUAUGCUGUCAGCUGCAGGGCAGGCAGUGGAUGACUUGACUGCCAGCAGCGUGGCAGCAAUAAGCAGUAAGUUGCAGCAAGUACGCGGCUACAUCACCCAGACUACGGCUGCCAUGACAGCUCUGGAGCAGCAAGCUGACUUGGACAAGAUUGGUCAGUACAACACUCUGGUCAAGGUGCUUCGGGAACUUAAGACGUCCGAGUCCAAACUGUCUGCACAUCUGGCAACACUGCAGACCUCUGGAGCGAGCUGUGGGACGCAGGCUCCAGGGCUUCCCAAUUCCCAGAGCAUAGGCCAGGUGUCGGUGAGGACGGUGGACGCGGUGGACGACAGCGGAGGACAAACUCCAGCCUUCCCGGCGCCCGCGGGGGCGUCCUUCUCUGACCGCCUCACGGCCGGCAUGCAGGAGGCCAGUCUGCUCAAUGCACGGCUACGUGCCAACGUGGAGCGGCGGGAAGACCUGGUGGAGCGCUACAGGGCGACGCGCGAGCGCCUCAGCGCCCUCAAGAGGCAGCGACGCGACAUCCAACAGCAGGAGCGAUCCAUCCUGCUGGCGCAGUCCUCCAGGGAGUCCCCGUAUGAAGACCCCAUCCCGGGGGCGGCGUCUUGGAGUCUUGAGGAGAUCAACGCCGGACUUGCGGACUUCAGGGGACUUUAUGAGAAAGUUGAUACUUUGAGGAACGCUUAUGAUGUCAAGACCCAAGCGCUGGAUGCAGGCGAUGCAGCUGGCCAAGCGGAGCUAGCCAGCAAGCUGCUGCAGCUCGCAACCAAACGCGCUCAGCUCAUCGCUGUCAUAAGUCAGCUCAAGCGACACCGAGCUGACAAGAUGAGGGAACAUGGCAUGGACGUGGACGGCGACGAGGACGACUUCCUGCCGCUGCCGUCCACCUCGUCCACCGCCACCACCACCACCACCACCACCACCACCGUGCCCCCCACCACCGUAUCCACCACCUUGCCCACCGACUUGGUAGCCUCCACCACCACCACCACCACCUGGAUGGAGCCCCGACUUGUCUUUUAG